CGGCGGCAGCAGUAGCGGCGGCAGCGGCUGUUGCUCCGCGCAUGUGCGCCGCCGCUCCGGACCGCAGACUCCCCACGCCAGCCGAGCCCGCACUGUGCGACCAGCCGCCUGUCUGAGUGUUCUCCCGCAGGCCACACGACUACUCUGUUCACAUCGCGCGUCCGUGUACCACCUGACUCUCGAGCUGCCAUGGUAAGGCAGCCACCCGCGCUCGUGUCCAGCGACUUCCAGUGGAGCAUGCGCAUCAGCUUCGACUCUCCGCGGUUCGCCGCCCCCUUCUUGUGACCCGCCGCCUCCACUUCCACCGCCUCCGCCGCCCCCACCUGUCAGCCAUGAGCCUGCUGCUGCAAGCCAGGCCCGCCUGCGCGCUGGCUGCCCGCUGGGUGCCGGCCGCCGUCGCCGCCCCCGCAGCCGCCGCCCCCACAGCAUCCAUAGCCGCCACCUGCUCCUGCAGUUGCCGCAGAGCCGUCACCACCGCCGCCAACGCCGCCCCCGCACAGGCGCCGCUCGCCCUGCCCAGGAUGGGCAGCUUCACAUCGGCGCCGAAGAUCCUGAACGAGGACACGCAGGACAGCGACGUGCAGCUGCCGGAGCGGCUGCCUCGCGAGGAGCUGCUGGAGCGCUGCCGCCAGCAGGUGGCGCCGCUGCCCGCUCUGCUCAAGAGGCGCUUCCGCCGUCUCGGCUGGAGCCCCGACCCGCAAGCUUUCGAGGAACCUGUCAACAACCCAGACUGCAUAAGAGUCUUCCAGUGGAACGUCUUGUCUCAAUCUCUUGGACAGACGAACGACAACUUCGUUUGCUGUCCCGACGACGCACUGGAGUGGCAUAGGCGGAGAUACCACAUCGCUGAGGAGAUCGUGCAGUAUUGUCCAGACGUCAUCUGCUUGCAGGAGGUGGACCACUUCAGCUUCCUGACGAAGGUGCUGGGCUCGCAAGGCUACAGCGGCAUCUUCUACCCAAAGCCCGACUCCCCGUGCCUCUACAUCAAGGGCAACAACGGGCCCGACGGCUGCGCCAUCUUCUACAGGCGCGACAAGUUCGAGCUGCUGCAGUCUGACUCGCGCAUCCUCGAGGUGUGGCGCGUCCAGAGCAACCAGGUGGCGGUGGCGGUGGUUCUGCGCGUGCGCGAGACGGGCCGCGAGGUGUGCGUGGCGACGACGCACCUGAAGGCCCGCCAGGGCGCUCUGCUGUCGACGCUCCGUAACGAGCAGGGCCGCGACCUGGUGCAGUUCGUGCGCGCGCGCGCCGCCGGCCGGCCCGUGCUGCUCUGCGGCGACUUCAACGCCGAGCCGAGCGAGCCCGUGUACGCGACCGUGCGCUCCUGCCCGCACAUGCGGCUCGCCAGCGCCUACGCCGACGGCGCGGAGGACGGCCGCGAGCCCGCCUACACCACGUGGAAGGUGCGCGAGGAGGGCGAGGUGUGCCACACCAUCGACUACGUCUUCUACAGCAGCGACGCGCUGCGCGUCGAGGCGCUGCUCGACUUCCCCAGCGGCGACGAGAUCGGCGAGGGCCGCGUGCCGUCCUUCGCCUACCCCUCCGACCACUUCUCCCUCGUCUGCGACUUCCGCUUCGCGCACGCCGACGCCGGCGCGGCUGCCGAGUCGUAGUCGCAGCGGCGGCCUCUCACCUCGGCAGCCAGACAGUGCUCGUUUAUUUAUUUUUUUAAAAAUGUGUUGUUGUGCACCCACUAUUUAUAUAUUUUUCACUAGGUUAGGCUGAACGAGCGUGGACGGUUUUAUUGCACUCGGGACUGCUUUCACGGCAGCGAACGGCAGUGUGCGACGUGAGUGGUAUAAGUUGAAGUCGAAACGGCACAUGUAUAACAUUAUAAAAAUGUCUUUCAAUAAAAUAUUUUGUACAUA